ACCUUCGAGUCGAUCAGAAGGUUUGUCGGAAACUAUUUCUAUUCCCAAUCUUGGCGGAGGAGACGGCGGACGACCGAAAGAGCAGAAAGGAGAAGAAAUGGUGAGCAGAGAAGCGUUGAUCGCAUACAGAGCUCUGCUCAGGGCUACAAGGAAAUCAUUCGCCGGAGAUACCGAGAUGCUCAAGGCUUCGGCUUCCGAGAUCCGUAAGAAGUUCGAAGAGAAUCGCCACGUGGCUUCCGAUUCCGACAUCCCACGCCUACUCGAAGAAGCGCGUGAGGCGACUGAAUUCAUCUCCACCAUGAUCGUUCAGGCCAAACUCAACGAACGCGGCGGAUACGAGGUGAAAGCAAGUCAGGAACACGCGGGAGCGACUUUGGAGCUUCCGACAGAGGAGAUGCUUCGGAAAAAAUCUGUAUGAGUUAAGUAUUGGUCUCUGAGACCACAUUGUCACUGUCUGAAACUGGAUUUCUUCUCCCUUGCUUGUUUUGUUUUAAUAGGGAAAGGUGUGAUUCUCUGUUUUGUUCUCUUUUUACAGCCAAACCGACUCAGAUUUUAUUAAUAAAGAGCUCAUCACAUUCAAUUUUA